GUUUGGGGAGCUGUGGGUGUCUUUAAGAGCUUCUUUCUGCUGCUUACUGGUGUCAGGAUAGAGAGGCACGAGGCACUGAUAUACUCACGAGAACAGAGAGGCUCGCGAAUCGUAUUGGAAAUACAUAAAUUUUCAUUCGCAUUUAGGAUAUACUGUCAUCGGGAAACCUGGACAACAUGCAGUUGCCAAAGUCACGGGCUUUUGCUGUCAGUUUGACGCUGCUCUCCGUUUUCAGCUCAGCAAUGUGCGCCAGUCACUACAGCUGUGAUGGAUCUCUGGCAUCUCUUCUGCCUGCAACCUCCUUUCAGAGCUCUUCACAUUUCUCAGACAGUCGGGCUGCAUACUUUGCCAAAUUAAACAAAAGAGAUGGAGGAGGUGGGUGGAGCCCAGAGUCGACGGACAGGUCGCCCUGGCUGCAAGUUGACCUCCAGGACCGAGUGGAGGUGACAGCGGUGGCCACGCAAGGCCGUCACGGCAGCAUGGAUUGGGUCAGCGCCUACAUGCUCCUAUACAGUGACACAGGACGCGUCUGGAAGCAGUACAUGUUGGAGGACAACGUUGGGAGAAUCGUGGGUAAUGUGAAUCCAGACAGCGUGGUCCACCAUAAACUCAGCCAGUCUAUCAGAACCCGGUUCCUUCGCUUUGUUCCUCUGGAGUGGAGCCCCAGUGGUCGGGUGGGCCUCAGGGUGGCCGUGUACGGCUGUGCUUUCCGAUCAUAUGUGGCUGAUUUUGAUGGCAGAAGCUCUUUGCUCUACCGAUUCAACCAGAAGUCUAUGAGCACAGUGAAAGAUGUUAUAUCGCUGCGAUUUAAGAGUCGACAGACAGAAGGUGUUUUACUGCAUGGAGAAGGCCAGCGAGGAGAUUAUAUCACUCUGGAGCUUCAUCGUGGCAGACUGGCCUUGCAUCUAAACCUGGAUGACAGCAGAGUGAGAUCCAGCAGUGCUCGAAUGGUGGUCACUCUAGGAAGUCUCCUGGAUGAUCUGCACUGGCACUCUGUUCUGAUCGAACGCUUUAACAAGCAGGUCAACUUCACUUUGGACAGACACACUCAGCACUUCAGGACCAAGGGUGAUGGAGACUCGUUAGAGGUCGACUAUGAGCUAAGUUUUGGUGGGAUCCCACUGCCAGGUAAACCAGGAACUUUUAUUCGACGCAACUUUCACGGUUGCAUGGAGAACCUCUACUACAAUGGAGUGAAUGUCAUCGACCUGGCAAAACGGAGAAAACCUCAGAUAUACAGCGUGGGCAACGUGACCUUUUCCUGCUCAGAACCACAGCUGGUGGCCGCCACAUUUCAGAGUUCCAGCAGCAGCUUUCUGUCGCUGCCAGCACCUGCACCAAUCCUGGAGGGCUUUUCGGUGCGCCUGCAGUUUCGCACCUGGAAUCCUGAUGGCCUGCUGCUGUCCAGUCCACUGAUCUCUGGUCAGGAGCCCCAUUACCUGAUUUUGCAGAUCAGCAGUGGGCGCCUCCAUCUCGCACACCAGACAUCAGCUCUGAAGAUGUCAGAAGUGUCAGCUGGUCAGAGGGUGAAUGAUGGUUUGUGGCAUUCGGUCAGUCUUAAUGCUCGAGGUCUGCAGAUCAUCAUGACCCUGGACAGUGAGCCUGCAUCCACCAUCCAGCUGAAGAACUACCUGGAAUCAAAAGACAAACACUACUUCGGAGGAUGUCCUGUAUCCCAAAACGACUCCAGCUGCUUGAAUCCCACAAUGGCUUUUCAAGGCUGUGUCCGGCUCAUCCUCAUCAACAACCAACCUGUUGAUCUUCUGUCAAUCCAGCAAGGUCAUCUAGGAAGCUACAAUCAGCUACAGUUUGACUUAUGUGGCAUUCGUGACAGGUGUCUGUAUAAUUUCUGUGAGCAUGGCAGCCGGUGUUCCCAGACAUGGUCGUCUUUCUCCUGUGAUUGCACCGGUACGGGAUACAGUGGAGCUACGUGCCAUAACUCCGUAUAUGAAGCAUCAUGUGAACACUACAGACUUGCUGGAAGCACUUCUGGAUAUUUCUCUAUAGAUCCUGAUGGAAGCGGCCCUCUUGAUCCUAUUCAAGUCUACUGUAAUAUUACAGGGAGCAAAGUGUGGACAGUGGUUCGUCACAACAGCUCGAACGCAGUCAGAGUACGAGGUUCUUCACUGCAGAAGCCAUAUGUGGGAUGGUUUAAUUACAGCGCCUCAUCUGAACAGCUGAAGGCCCUGGUGUCUCUGUCAGAACACUGUGAGCAGAGAAUGGCCUACCACUGCAGAAGGUCACGGCUGUUUAACCCCUGGGAUGGCACCCCUUUGUCCUGGUGGGUGGACCGCAGAGGAGAGAAGAGGACCUACUGGGGAGGAUUCCAGCCGGGGGUGCAGCAGUGCUCCUGCGGUCUGGAAGAGAACUGUGCCGACAUCAACUACUUCUGCAACUGUGAUGCAGACCGAGUGUCAUGGGAGAAUGACACUGGCGUCCUCUCAUAUAAAGAGCACUUGCCAGUGCGGGAGAUUGUAGUUGGCGAUACUUACAGACUGGGCUCUGAAGCCAUGUAUAUCGUGGGACCCCUGCAGUGCUCUGGUGACAAGUUCCUGUGGAACGCUGUAUCUUUUUACCAAGCGGCUUCAUAUCUGCAGUUCUCGGCUCUCCAGGUGGAGCUUUCCCUCGAUGUCUCCUUCUACUUCAAGACUGCUUCCCCCUCUGGGGUCUUUGUUGAAAACAUGGGCAUUCAAGACUUUAUCCGGGUUGAGCUGAGCUCUCCCUCGGCUGUGACUUUCUCCUUUAAUGUGGGCGACGGGCCAGUAGUCCUGACCCUCAAAUCUCCUGUGCCGCUGAACGACAGGCAGUGGCACUGGGUUCGAGCCGAGCGCAAUGUGAAAGAAGCAUGCCUGCAGGUCGACCAGCUGCCCCUACGGAUCAUAGAAACCCCACCUGAUGGACACCUUCGCCUUCAGCUCGGAAGCCAGCUGUUUGUUGGGGGCACAGCCACAAGACAAAGAGGCUUUCUUGGAUGCAUUCGAGCAUUUAACAUGAACGGAGUGAAUUUCGACUUGGAGGAACGGGCCAAAGUGACACCAGGAGUGAGUUCAGGGUGUGCGGGUCACUGCAGCAGCUCAGCUGGGCUCUGCCACAAUCGAGGGAAAUGCAUUGAGAAAAGCAGCGGUUAUAUCUGCGACUGCACUAACUCCGCUUAUGGAGGACCAUCUUGCACAGAAGAGGUGUCCGUGUCCUUUGAAAGAGGAGCGUCGGUCACCUACAUUUUUCAGGAGCCGUUCUCUGUCAUACAGAACCGGUCGGCCGCAGUGCUGUCUGUCCCUUCUCAGUACAGCAAGACCAGAGACAACAUGGCACUGAGUUUCCAGACCACACAGAGUCCUGCCAUGCUGCUCACAGUCAACACCCUCAGCCAGCAGUACGUGGCCAUCAUUUUAGCUCGGAACGGGAGUUUACAGAUCUGGUACCAACUGCAUAAAGAGAAGAGACCGGAUGUGUUCAGCCCCAUCUUGAGCAGUCUGGCAGAUGGACGGCUGCAUAGAGUUCACAUCCAGCGGGAGGGAAAGGAUGUGUUUGUUCAGGUUGACCAUGAAAAUAAGAAGUACACCCUUUCAUAUGAUGCAGCAUUUAACUCUAUGAAGUCACUGACCUUGGGAAAAGUCACAGGAAGUGAUGUCUUGGAUGAUGAGGUAGCUCAAGCUGGGUCCAAAGGCUUCAUUGGUUGCUUCUCAUCUGUCCAGUACAACCAUGUUGCUCCACUGAAAGCGGCGUUAUUGAACCGAGGGAGCUCUCUAGUCAGCAUACGUGGACAUUUACUGGAAUCAAAUUGCGGAGCAUUAGCUGACCUUUCAACCUCUGUAUCUCGUCAGGAUCAUGGAGAGGAGGUGGGAAAAGAUAACGAGCAUCACGAAGACGACAGCCAGCCUGAUUCAGCUGUAAUCGGAGGUGUGGUGACAGCUGCGGUCUUCAGUACCCUCUGUGUGCUGGCAGUGAUGACUCGUUUCCUUUACCAACAUCGACAAGCGCAAAGAACUGCAAGACUCCAAGAAAAGGAACACCAACGUAGCCUUGAAGCUGCUUACAGGGCAGAGUUUCACCUUCACAAUUCAAUGAGAGACAGCAUGCAAGAGUACUACAUCUGAUAGACAGUCUCAUAGCGUUCGGUUCAGCUAUCAGUUCCUCCCGUGUCUCCUUCAGCAAACGUGUCGUGAGGCCCUUUCUAUCCAGUAAGGAGGGUUAGUUGGAGAUUUUGGGAACAGUGGAAUCUUCUGAUCUGUGUAAGUAGUAGCUUGUAGUUUUCACAGUGCUUGCCCCAAGUGUUGGAUUAUUCAACCUUAGGUUAUUUAUGGGAUGUGAGUGGUGUGUUAGGAGGUGUUUGUAUUAAUUCAAUAAUAUGCCCUCUGGAUAGAAACUAAAAUGGAGUGUCAUCUUUAGUGCAUGAACGCAGAUUCUGAAGUGUUAAUCAUACUGUUAACAAAGCAAACUAAACACACAUAUUUUAAGCCUGUGAAAUUUUUUUAGGUUGCCAGAAACAUCUUUAAAGUGGCAACAUUGUGAGAGGAAGUCCUGGUACAUUAUUUAAGUAAUAUAAUGCUUCAGGUCGAGGACAGUAGCCUGUCCAAACUUGAAUUUGUAUUUUACGUUACUCUGCCUCAUAGCUAAGAAUAAAAUGUGUCCAUGCGAAAACACGCAGGACAAUUAAAAAAAUGACCCUUUAGGGAAAUAUUUUAGUUUCACAAAGAAGCUGCUAACAGAGACCAAACUCCAUUCAGUAAAGUGACUUGAUCGGAAACAUUUGUAGAACUGAACAUGCUUCCUAAUGUAACAUUACCUGUCUGUGUUAUGUAAAAUGUCUGCCAUAAUGAUAAUGAACAAAUUCGAAAAAGUCAGUAAGAUUUUUUUUUAUUAAUGCAUUUAUUCCGACAAGGUGCAUUAAAUUGAUCAAAAGUGACAGUGAAAAAAAAAAAAAAAAAAAAAUAUAUAUAUAUAUAUAUAUAUAUAUAUAUAUAUAUAUGUAUAUAUAUAUAUAUAUAUAUAUAUAUAUAUAUAUAUAUUAUUUUCAAUAAAUGCUGUUUUUAAUCUUUUAUUUAUCAGAGAAUAACAGUUUCCACAACCAUAUUAAGAAGCAUGACAUCAGCAUUUUAAAAUGAAAUGCUGUAUCAUGUGACAAUGAAAAUCCAGCUUUGCCAUAAGGAAAAAUGCAUUUUAAAAUAUAUUAAAAUAAUACAAAAGUGACAUUUCAUAACAAUAAUGUUUUUGCUGUAUUUUUGAUCAAAUAAAUGCAGCCUUGGUGAGCACAGGCUUCUUUCAAAAACAUUUUUUUUUAUCUUACUGACACCAAACUUUUUCGUGUAAGUGUAGAUUGACUGAAUUGUUCUAGUUACCUGGAUAUGUGUCUAUUUUGACACGUGUUGUGAGCUGAUGAUGGGAAUUUCCCGGCGUUUUACCUUGCUGUGUUAACACUAUAGUAUAGUGUGUAUCACUAUCACAGAUGUGAACCGGGGUGUCGCUGGUGUCAUAGGCCGUCCUCCGCUCCCUGAGACAAUCUGACGAUAUGUUAACAUCUGCUAUUAUCAUCUGGAGUUUCUGGAGGUUUGACAUUAACAUAAAGUGACACAAAAGCGUGUUUAAAGUUUGACUAAAAUACAUUGCACAUUCCACUAGAAAUCAGAAACCAUUCCUUUGAAAUCCCAUAAUCUUGGAGAUCGUAGAUCAGAUCACCGGAGACAGAUGAUAAUAUCAGGUGUCUUUGCCAUCCCUGUUCAAAAUCAUAAAUGCCACUGAAUCUCCACCAUCAGUUCACAGCAUCUAAAUGACAAGAAUUACACUAGACACCCUUCAGUGAUCUGGAUAACCGAGAAUCUUCACACACACUUCUGAGUAGGUCGUAACUGUAGCAGGUAGUCCUUUAAUAUUUGCCUGUAAUACAAAAUCAGUAUUGAGCCUGAAAGAAAGAUUUGGUUGCACUUCAUAUUACAGUAUGUGUACUUGCAUCGUGUUUACUUAAGAAAGUACUAGGUAAUAAAAUAACUACAUGGUGUAAGGUUAAGAUGAGGAGUAGGUUCAGAGUUAGUACCUACUGUAGUUAUUGUAAUUACUAUAAAAACUAGAUAGCAAGUACAUGUGGAACAGAACUGUAAAAUGAAGUGCUACCAAACAACCACUUCCCUGAAAGUCUAUCAAAUAAACACAAGAAGUGUUAACUGUUCUUUACUCCAGUACACAACAUAAUCUUCGUACAGUACAUGGCAUUGUAUUAUUUCUUUUUAUUUUUUCCCAGCUAAUACAGAGAUUGUUGUAUUAUGUAGGACUGGACUGACAGAUCUUUCUCUUUCUCUUUGGAAACUGAAGUGUCCUUUGAUAUAUUUCUCUCUCAAACUAUUUUGUACCUCUAUUGAUAUUAAUUAUUUUAGGGGCUGUUUUGUAUGAAUGUAAAUGUACAGCUAUAUUGUAAAUACAUGUUUAAUAAAAAAAAGAGACUUUUUUCAUUACCGUC